UCCCCCCUACUUAUCUCCCCAAACAAACCAGAACACUUCAACAGAACUCUACUCUGACUGAUAGAAAAAAAAAAAAAAAAAUGGCAGCGAGAAUAAACCAAUCGAUACAGAACACUCUCUGGCUCUUAAACCCUUUGCAUAAUCCAUCCAACUUAGUCAAGCCCACCUUCCAUUUUCGCUCAAACCCUUUCUUCUCAUCUCCUUCUUCUUCUUCUUCUUAUCGGUCAAAAAGAGCUUUAUUCUGCACUUGCACAAGCGCUAGCUCAGACAAGAAUCUCCAAGAUGGUGGCGAGCCCUUUGUCCUAACAACUCCUCUUUAUUACGUAAAUGCCCCUCCCCACAUGGGCAGUGCUUACUCUACCAUAGCCGCUGAUGCCAUUGCUCGCUUUCAGAGGCUGUUAGGGAAGAAAGUUGUAUUCAUUACCGGCACUGAUGAGCAUGGAGAGAAAAUUGCUACUGCUGCUGCAGCCCAGGGUUCCGAUCCGAGUGAACAUUGCGAUGUCAUUUCACAAGCAUAUAAGACACUCUGGAAAGAUUUAGACAUAUCUUAUGAUAAGUUCAUUCGGACGACUGAUCCCAAGCAUGAAGCAAUUGUGAAGGAAUUUUACUCAAGGGUUCUUGCCAAUGGUGAUAUUUAUCGGGCUGACUAUGAAGGACUUUAUUGUGUCAACUGUGAGGAGUAUAAGGAUGAGAAAGAAUUGCUUGAUAACAACUGUUGCCCUAUGCACCUGAAGCCGUGUAUUCUGCGAAAAGAGGAUAAUUAUUUCUUUGCACUAUCAAAAUAUCAAAAAUUAUUGGAAGAAACUUUGACACAAAAUCCAAAUUUUGUGCAGCCUUCGUUCCGUUUAAAUGAGGUGCAAAGCUGGAUCAAAAGUGGCCUAAGAGAUUUUUCCAUUUCUCGAGCAUCGGUGGAUUGGGGCAUCCCAGUUCCUAAUGACAAUAAGCAAACUAUAUAUGUGUGGUUUGAUGCAUUACUAGGAUAUGUAUCAGCACUAUCAGAGGUCGCAGAGCAACCCAAUCUACAACGUGCUGUUUCUUCAGGUUGGCCUGCCUCACUACACUUGAUUGGGAAGGAUAUUUUGCGUUUUCAUGCAGUUUACUGGCCAGCUAUGCUAAUGUCUGCAGGACUAAGCCUUCCUAAGAUGGUGUUUGGCCAUGGAUUUUUGACAAAGGAUGGCAUGAAGAUGGGGAAGUCACUAGGAAAUACACUUGAUCCAAAUGAUCUGGUUCAUAAAUUUGGCGCUGAUGCAGUCAGAUACUUCUUCCUCAAGGAGGUGGAAUUUGGCAGUGAUGGGGACUAUUCAGAAGACCGUUUUAUCAAUAUUGUCAAUGCACAUCUUGCCAAUACAAUUGGAAAUCUUCUUAACCGUACUCUUGGACUUCUAAAAAAGAACUGCCAAUCAACUUUAGUGGUUGAUUCCACCGUCGCAGCUGAAGGAAAUGCAUUCCAGGAUACUGUGCAGAAGUUGGUUGAAAAAGCUAGGGUUCAUUAUGAAAAACUCUCACCUUCAUCAGCUUGUGAGGCUAUUCUAGAGAUUGGAAAUGCGGGGAAUUCCUACAUGGAUGAACGUGCACCAUGGUCUCUCUUUAAGAAAGGGGGUGCUGCUUCUGAAGCUGCUGCAAAGGACCUUGUGAUUAUAUUGGAAGCAUUGAGGAUUAUAGCAAUUGCAUUAUCCCCGGUCACACCAAGCUUAUGCUGGAGAGUAUAUGCACAGCUUGGCUUCUCAAAAGACCAGUUUGACACUGCAACAUGGAGUGAGACCAAGUGGGGUGGGCUGAAGGGUGGUCAGGUAAUGGCUCAACCAAAACCAGUCUUCGCAAGGAUUGAAAACCAAGUGGAAGAGGAAGAUGGGGGUGAAGCAGCUAAGAAGGUAGUGAAAAACAAGGAUAGGCUACCUCAGGCUCAAGGGGUUGCAGAGGCUUAGGGAAAGAGACAUAGUUGCCUUUCCCUGACCACAAAUUUCUCCAACUUUUUUUAUUUAUUUAUCAAAUUGUCAAUUGUAAGAGUUUGUACUCAUUUUUGGCAAUAAUUUUGUAAUAGAUUGUUUUGUAAUAGAUACUUCCAAUAAAUUAAUCCAGUAUUUCAUCUUCAGUUC